ACAAGUAGAAUUCAAUUCAAGUCGCAGUCGCCGAACCCAAGUGAUGUUUACCUGUCAAAACUUUGAUCUGUUACUUGUUUCUAUGUAUUGGCAAUUUGGCAUUACCCUAUAUAUCGAAGUAACUUAAUUUGGGCUUUCGAGUUCACGUUAAUUUGGGCUGUUUCCUCGUUUCGGUAAAAUUAAGGAGUGGAAAUUCACGGCGGAUUUGUGGAAUCUAGGCCGGAGGAGAGAGGAUGUGGAAUCUGACGGCGGUCCUGUGCCUGGUUUGGGCGGCGACGCUUCUCUACGGCGAGAUGUUCGCAUUCUGGGUGCCUUCCUUUUGGUCUUGUUCUUGGCCUCAUCUCCGGCACCGCUCUUCUUCUCCUUCUUCUUCACGGAUGAGUGGACAAGAAUAUCCCAGUGAUUAUGUUAAGGUUGCUGUUCUUACUGAUCCACAGGUCAUGGAUAGAACCUCACUUCAUCUUGCUCCAAAAUCACUGGCUCUGGAGAUUGUGCAGUUCUACACAGAUUUGUUUAUGCGCAGAGCAACCUUGGCAUCUGUAUUGCCUCUCCAACCUGAUGUGAUUUUGUUUUUGGGUGAUUAUUUUGAUGGAGGGCCUAUUUUAACUGAUGAAGAAUGGCAGGAAUCCUGGAAUCGUUUUAAGCAUAUGUUUAACUUGAAUAUGAUUGGAAGUUCAAGCACCCGAGUAUACUACCUUCCCGGAAAUCAUGACAUUGGCUAUGCAGCUGUUUGCUUUCAUAUGCCUGAGGUUGUUAAACGCUAUGAGAAAGAAUUUGGUCCAAGGAACUACCAAUUUAGGGUUGGAAAGGUGGAUUUCAUUGCAGUUGAUGCCCAAACUCUGGAUGGGAGUUCACAAGGAAACUUGACUACUGCAACCUGGGAUUUUGUCAAAAAUGUCUCAAGAGAUGUUAAUUCAACUCCAAGGGUCUUAUUGACUCACAUCCCAUUAUAUCGACCGGAUGGGUCUUCCUGCGGUCCAUAUCGAUCUUCUCCAAUUAUCAAUCAGAGGGUUGUGCAUUCUGAUCGGAAUCAAGAAAUACAGUACCAGAAUUAUAUCACUGAACAAUCAUCGAACCUCUUGCUGGAUAUGGUCAAACCUGUACUCGUCUUGUCUGGUCAUGAUCACGAUCAAUGUACAGUGACCCACAUGUCAAAAAAUGGGAAAGUGAGAGAGCAUACUGUUGGGACUAUAAGCUGGCAGCAGGGCAACCUGCACCCGUCUUUCAUGCUACUGUCUGCAAGUAAUCUUGUGGUGCACAAUCUAUCAAGCUCAGACGAGGCAGUAAAGACUCAUCUGUGCUUUCUUCCUUCACAACUUUAUAUCUAUUUAUGGUAUCUGUCUCUAUUUGUUCUUACUCUUCUUCUCCUCCUCCUUUGGCCGACAAAUGGCUCACGUUAUUUUGAUGGUAUCAUUGGGCACAUCAGAAGCCUAAUUACUGGCCUCUUUUCUAGAGUUACAAUGAAAGAGAAAAAUGAAGAUGAGGACUGCGAAUAUGAGAUGAUAUGGGAUGCAGAAGGAACAAUGCAUCUUGUUAAGAGAGCUUUGAAGGCCCCCACUAAACCAUCAAGCGAGAGGAGCCAGGUGGAAAGGGGAAAAGCCGUGAUUCGACCAACAGCUAAAAAACAGACCUCCCAGGAACCGGAUGGUGCUGUCUCUUUGGAUGUGAACGUGCCCGGGGGAUUGGGAUUGGGAUUGGAUGCUUCAGUAAAACUACAAUCUAGAACGCACAAAUCAAAGACAAGAGUGGUCAUCCGGAGAUUGCUACGAGCAUUUAGGUCGCUUACUGUCAUUGCUGCAGUGAACGUCCCGCUGUAUAUGAUGCUGCUCUUCAAGGACUGGAUUGAUAAAUAAGGUCAGAUUGAGCGCAUGGUCGUUUUAGAUGGAAUAUCAAGCCUAGGUUCAUCGCUUGUUCGUCGAGUUACAAGCACAGUUGAGUUGAAACCAUACCAUUUCCUUCCGAUGAUCCAACGUUUAGUUGAUGGGGUGGAAAGUGGAAACAAACCUUAUACGAGACAUAUUUGCUACUGAUGACUGAUGAGCCAAUGUAUCUAUUGGUCCGCUUCUUUCCCUAUUCAUUCAAGAUUUUCCUCGCUUGUCUGUCUAGUUCAACCGAGUUCCUGGAAGGCCCGUUUUAGCCGUAAUUUUGCUAAAUUUCCAUAUGUAUAUGCAGUUGCUGCUCUAAGUCUGAGCUGAUAUUGUUUUCUCCAAUUCAAGAUAUACCAGCUACCAGCUCUCGUAUUUAUUCAAUGCAUGAUGAGAGGCUUUACUAA